AAACUGAAAUUAUAAAGCUCGAAAACAAGCGUGUUUUUUUUAAAUUGUUAAUUACACGUGUUUAUCGCCAAUUGAAUAUCUUUGAACAGGGAAUAAUAUCACAUUUUUUAUGCAAAUUUUUUACGAACGAAACGAACGAAAAACAAUUUUAGAAGUAUGACGACUUGAGAAAUUUAAUUACAAUUUAUGCAAAGAGUCGAAAGGAAAAAUUAAAAAAAAAGAAAAAACACGCGAGGGCUCGUCCGGGAUUUGAACCCGGGACCUCUCGCACCCUAAGCGAGAAUCAUACCCCUAGACCAACGAGCCACGUUAAGAAAAUUUUUUAAUAAAUUAUAUAUAUAGUGAAAUAAGUUAUUUUUUAAAGAAAUAUUUAAUAUCGAAUUGAAAUUUUUACUUAAAUUCAUAAAUAAAUUAUACGAAUUAUACUGAUUCAUUUUAUGAUAAUAAGAAUUGUAAUUUAUGUUUAUAUAUCAUAUCUAUAUGUAAAGAUUUUUUUUAGUAUUAUAAUAUAAUUUAAGAAAUAUUAAUAUUUAAUAAAUUAUCAAUAAUUUAUUUUAUAUUAAUAUUAUUAAACAUCAUUAUCUCGAUGUACUGAAAUAUAUUCUUUGAGAACUUUAGAAACAAGUUGGCGCCGUGGCUUAGUUGGUUAAAGCGCCUGUCUAGUAAACAGGAGAUCGAGGGUUCGAAUCCCUCCGGGGCCUGCAGAAUUUUUGAUCAAAAGAGAUUAAAAGAGAUUUCCGGUUCCCAAUUUCUGGUUUCCAGUCAGAAUUUAAAGUCAGACAAAUGUGUACCAAUACGUCUUGCAGAAUAGUCAUUUUGCGUGAUCAAUAUCAAGAAUGUAAUGCCAUGGCAACGCAAUAGCAGAAAGAUGAGAGAAUGGUAUGAACAUUAAAAUCGCAUCGAUCACUCGAAUCAUUCGUCAUCGUACUGGUAUCAAAGAUCGUGUGUCCUUCUAACAAUAAAAAGACAAGGAGAUGGGGAAUACGGAAAGCAACGUAGCCAGCGGAGUGAAGAAACAGACGGACGCAUCGUCCAUUUUGCUUUACAAAUUAGUCGACUUGAAAGGUGGUGGCCUAUUGGUAGAUAUGAUGAAAAGAGCAACGCAAACUAAACAAUACGCGGAAUUGGAUCAUGCCCUGAGAACAAAAGUAGAACCAUAUUUAUAUAACAAGGGUAAAGGUAAAUGGAUCCCGAUCGAGAAAUUGGUUUUGUUGAGAAACAAAGAUCGUCCAAAGCACAAAAUGCUUCCACCGCUGCGGGCUAUGGAAAAUCCGGCCGAUUACGACAUAGAUAAAGAUAUGGGCGAAGAUGAAGUGGACGAGGCGAAAAUAGAUAAAAGCAAGUACAGAUUAGUGUGCUGGAGCUUGGGCGAAAGGGGAGCAGUCGGUGAAACAAUUUUACAUUUGUGCAUGCUACAUGCAACUGCUAUUCACAUCGAUUUGGCUAAACGUUUGCUACGUUUUUAUCCCAAGCUUAUCAACGAUGUGUACAUAAGCGACGAGUAUUAUGGCGAGAGCGCAUUGCACAUCGCGAUUGUAAACGAAGACCCGUCAAUGGUAAAAUUCCUUUUGGAUAGCGGUGCGGACGUGCACGAAAGAUGCAUAGGAAACUUUAUGUGUCCAGAGGAUCAAAAAGCGUCGAGGACGGACAGUCUUGACCACGAAUGGGUUUGCGUAACUCCGGAAACUAAUUACAACGGAUACGUUUACUGGGGCGAGUAUCCUUUAAAUUUUGCGGCAUGUUUGGGACAGGAAGAGUGUUACAGAUUGAUACUCGCAAGAGGAGCUGACCCCGACAAGCAAGAUACGAAUGGAAAUACCGUUCUGCAUAUGUUGGUCAUUUACGAAAAAUUGGCCACGUUCGAUAUGGCGUACGAAGUGGGCGCAUCGUUAGCGAUCAGGAACGCUCAACACUUAACGCCCCUGACAUUGUCGGCGAAAUUGGCAAAGAUCGAAAUGUUUUUUCACAUUUUAAACAUCGAGCGAGAGAUUUAUUGGCAGAUCGGAAGCAUAACGUGCGCAGCUUAUCCUCUCUCGCAAGUCGACACCAUCGAUGUCGACACGGGAAGCAUUAGUCAUAAUUCCGCUCUAAAUCUGGUCGUAUUCGGCGAGAAAGAUGAGCACUUGGAAUUGAUGGACGGAAUUCUGGUUGAUCUGUUGAACGCCAAGUGGAACACAUUCGUCAAAUUUCGCUUUUAUCGUCAAUUUUUCCUUUUUUGUUUUUACUUCGUCCUAUCGUUGAUCAGUUUUACCCUUCGACCUGGUCCAGCAACGACAUCCGUUUCCAAUCCCACUGCUCAGACAUCCACCGAAUUGUCGACAAUUUCCCCAAAAACGGAUCCCCCCGUCUCUAACGUUACUAUCAAUCGAACCUUGAAUCCUUUCCACAACUCCGAUAUUCCCCUUCUUCUUGAUAAAAUUCUUUCCACCGCUUUCGUCUCGAAUGUGAAAAAAUAUCCUUGGAAUUUGACGAGAACACGUUUCGAUAAGCUGAAGCUCGAUAUCAUCGAGAACUUGACAUCCGCUUUGAGCGAUGUACUCGGGACGAAUCGAUCCCGAAACGAGAUCGAAUUUUUUAACCGCUCUCACGAAACAUCUGCAACCGAGCAUUUCUACUCUAAACCGAUCGAUAAUUUGAAAAUUACGAUCAAUGAAACUUCGAUCCUUUCGAUAAAUUCGACGAUGCUGUUCAACGACGAUGGGAUAUUGUUUACCGGCAAUAGCAAAUACAAUUGGUGGAACAAUCUUACAGAAGAAUGCAGGCUAAUGCAUCUAGAUACGUUAUCGACAAAGAUUAGAUUGACUGCCGAGGUAUUAAUGGAAAUUGCGGCCACUCUUUAUAUUUUUGCAGCAUUACGCGAAGCAAGAUUUCUAGGUCUUAAUAUGUUUAUCGAAAAUCUGAUGACUGCACCGUCCAGAGUAAUGUUUCUCUUUUCCUGCUGUAUAUUGUUAACCUUCCCAUUUUUAAGAUUGAUCUGCGCCGACCAAGUUGAAGAUAUGUUAGCCGUUGUCGUUAUGUUAACCACGGCACCGUAUUUUUUAUUUUUCUGCAGAGGUUUUAAAACAGUAGGUCCGUUCGUCGUGAUGAUUUACAGAAUGAUCAUGGGCGAUCUGCUCCGUUUCGUCUCCAUUUACUUGGUCUUCGUGAUGGGAUUUUCCCAAGCAUACUACAUUAUAUUUUUAUCUUUCGAUAAUCCAAAUACACCGGAAGGAGUAGAUGAUUCGAUGAGCAAUCCAAUGCCAUCACCGAUAGAAAGUAUAAUGGCAAUGUUUCUUAUGAGCAUGACAAACUUUGGAGAUUAUUAUGGUGCUUUUGAAAGAACGCAACACGAGAUAGAAGCCAAGGUGAUAAAUAAUAUUUGCCGCAAUAUUAUUUCUUUUCAAACAUUCGACGUACAUAAAUUCAUUUUAUUGCAGUUUUUAUUUGUAGUUUAUAUGGCGAUCGUUGCUAUAUUAUUGGUAAAUAUGUUAAUUGCUAUGAUGGGAAAUACAUAUCAGAAAAUUGCAGAAACAAGAAAUGAAUGGCAAAGACAAUGGGCACGUAUAGUUUUAGUAGUUGAAAGAGGAGUGAGCCCUGAUGAAAGGCUUAAAAAAUUAAUGGAUUAUUCUCAACCAAUGUCUGAUGGUCGAAGAGCAUUAGUACUUCGACUGAAUCAAUCGGAAGAGGACAAAGAAGAAAUGAAGGAAAUUCUAGAGAUGAAAAGAACUCAUGAUAAAUUAUACAAAAAAAGACAGAGUAAAACAAUGAAAAAGAUUUUAACAUCAGAAGAUAAUGUUAUUUUAUAAUAUUAUCAUUUAUAUUUUGCAAAUAUUGAUAUAUCAUAUAUUGAUAUAAAAGCUAAUAAUAUCUUAAUAAACUCUUAUGAUUAUAA